AUGGACCAAAUGAAAAGAGUCAUGGAGGAAAUGAAAGAGAAUAUGAGAAGGACGAAUCCUAUAGAAGACCUGGUCCACCGUACUGAUUCCCUCUUUACGACUUCCAUCAACAGUCAUCCUUUACCAUCAAAGUUUAAGAUGCCUUCUCUGGAUUUGUACGAUGGAACACGAGACCCGUUUGAUCACAUUGCAACCUUCAAGACCACCAUGCAUCUCCAAGGGGUUCCCGACGAAAUAAUGUGUAGAGCAUUCCCUACUACCCUUAAGGGCCCAGCACGGGUUUGGUUCAGCAAAAUACCCCCGAAUUCGGUGAGUUCUUUUGAAGAAUUGAGCAAGUUGUUUGUUAAUAACUUCAUAGGAGGACAAAGACACAAGUGUUCCUCGUCCAGCCUAUUGACCAUAGAGCAGGGAGAGAACGAGAGUUUACAGUCGUUCAUCACCCAUUUCAACAGAGAAGCCCUGAGUGUGGACGAAACAGAUGAUAGGCUCUUGUUGGUGGCCUUCCAUAAUGGGGUGAAUUCGGAUUUAUUCAUACACAAACUCUAUGAAAAAGAGCCUCAGUCCAUGGCCGAACUUGUCCAUUCGGCUCCAAAUUUUAUGAAUGCAGAAGACGCAAUCAUCGCUAAGAAGAGGAAGAGGUCUGAGAGAGUAGACGCAAAUCCCAGUCGCCACUCGGAGCAAGGUCCUCGUCCAAAAAAGGGACGAAGAGAAGAUAGGAAAGACCGAGACACUAAAAAGCCAGGCCCUUCAGCACGGAACCAGCAAUAUACCUCUUUGAACGUCCCACUUGAGUAG